AUGAGCGACAGCGCGCCCAAGGCAUCCAGCGAGGCCGAGUUCAAGGUGUAUGACUCCGUCGCGGAGUACGAGAAGCUCGGCCGCAUCGGCGAAGGCACCUACGGGGUGGUUUACAAGGCACGCCACCGCCCGACGGGCCGGAUCGUGGCCCUCAAGCGCGUGCGCAUGGACCGGGAGAAGGACGGCGUGCCCGUGACGGCGCUGCGGGAGAUCCGCGUCCUUCAGGCGUGCCGGCAUCCGAACGUGGUGGCGCUGGAGCGCGUGGUGACGGGGUCGAGCGCGGGGAGCGUCUUUUUGGUGUUUGAGUUCUGCGAGCACGACCUCGGGCGGCUGAUCGACGCGCGGCGGAAGCUCUUCACGCUCUCCGAGGUCAAGGGCCUCCUGCAGCAGCUCCUGCACGCCGUGGAGUUCCUGCACGACCGCUGGACCGUGCACCGCGACAUCAAGCUGUCCAACCUCCUGAUGACCAACCAGGGCGUGCUCAAACUGUGCGACUUCGGCCUCGCGAGGUACUUCCGCGCGUACAAGGAGCCCUACACUCCCGGCGUGGUGACGCUGUGGUACCGCGCGCCCGAGAUUCUGCUGGGCGAGGAGGUGUACACGGAGGCAGUGGACGUGUGGGCAGUGGGCUGCGUGCUGGCGGAGCUGCUGACGGGCGAGCCGCUGUUCCCGGGCCAGACCGAGGCGGAGGUCAUCGAGAUGCUCGUGAGCCUCCUCGGCGCGCCGACGCGGAAGAUCUGGCCGGGCGUGGAGCGCCUUCCGCACUUCUCCAAGUUCCACAUGCGCACACAACCCUACUCGCACCUCCGCAAACACUUCCCGCAGCUCUCCGAGGCCGGGAUCGACCUGCUCAACGCGCUCCUGACGUACGACCCCGCGGGGCGCAUCACGGCGCGCGAGGCGCUGCGGCACCCCUUCUUCGCGGAGCACCCGCUGCCGAAGGCCGCCCACGCGAUGCCGACAUUCCCGGCGACGCAGCGGACGGGCGCGGAGAAGAAGGCGCGGCGCGAGGACGACGCUCGGGGCGGAGACGGGGGGAAACGCAGGAAAGUGUGA